AGAUUCUGUCGAAUGAUUUAUCAUAUUGUAGCUUUAUGUAGAGUUACGAGAAGACAACUAAAGUUAUCAUUCGAUCCCCAGGACUAUAAGUCUGCUUCUAAAACGUAUGGAGGUUUAACUAAAAUGGCCCGAAAAGCUUUAACCAAACGGCAAGAUGACCGCAACGAUGAAGUUAUAAAUAGGAUGCCAUUCUUCCAGAAAUAUUCCAUGUCUAUUAAAAGAGAUUUAGCAAGAUGUCUGGAAUAUGAUAAAGUCGAGGCUGAGAGGGUCGUCAUUAGACAAGAUCAUCCAGGUUUUAAAAUGUAUUUUGUUUCAUCAGGGAAGCUGGAAAUAGCGGCGGAUGUAACUGAACUGAGGGAUUACCCAGCUAAUAAGUCUAUUGUAGGUGACAUACCGGGAGUAUCAGACUAUGUUUAUUUUAUUACCAAUGGUGAUUGUACCGUGGUUAGGAAAUUAGAAAUGAUUCGUCAGAAGUCACCCCAUCUUGAAUCAACACUCCAUCUACCGGAGGAUGCGUGUGGACCAAGCUUCUUUAAGAAGAACUAUGGUCAUCAUUGGAGAAAGCAGACAGCUGAUGUUAGAUUUGUAACCAUGUUUAAUUUGCAUGCGGGAGAUUAUUUCGCUGUCGGUGAAAACUUGACAAACACCUUUAUUAUAAGUAAAGGUAAAGUUCAAUGUUUGGUUAUAAAUUCAGUACAAUUUGAAAUACAAGCCAAAAUGGAGGAUUUACAAGAGUGGGCUGCUGUGAGGAACCCAAUGCUGCCCUCAAACCAGUUUCUUUAUGCUGAAUUAAUGGCCAAUAAAUCCUGGUAUAAUUAUAAACAGGAAGUGGUAGAGGAAAUAAUCAAGAAACGAAAAAUACCAGUUACUACAAAACCUGAAGAUGUUCCUCUGUCCAUCCGUGUUGAACCUAGGGUUUUAAAAAAAUAA